CUGCCAUGUAGAGUCCUUUAUUGUCCAGAAUAGCGCUCUCAACAGCGUCUUAUAGCGCUGCACUCGGGACUGUGUAGCUACAAAUUCCGGGACCGCUUCAAAGCACCGGGAGGAAACUACGGGCUUUGUGUUGUUAGUGAUUGACGUGAGAAUUUGGAAGGGAGAAAAAAAAGUUUUACCGGACUGCCGCACCAGUUUUCAUUUAGAGCGGGGGGACAAGUAAGUCCGAAAGAUUCCUCUAACAAAAGAGGUUUCCCACCGCUGAAUAAUAAUAUAUUUAAACGUAUGAAGUAGUCUACCGUUUAAAUAAUGUAAAAGAUUGCGCAAGGGACGACUGAACCACAUCGAAUUCUUAGCCGGGAUAAGACGAAAUGGACGUCACAUGGAACAACUCUUUUAAUCCCCAGAAGAUAUGGAUUUGAGAUUUGUGCAAUCUAUAUUGAGCACGAUUGUCGUUGAAGUCAUGAAAUUCAGAUAGGCUGGGAUGUUUAAGAAUGUUUAACAUUGGCACGAAUGGAGGAACCUUCGGAUCCUUUUCUAAGAACUUGGAAGAUUUUGAUUCAAUACGGAGUGUACUCCUGUACAGUGACCUUGAGCCUGAAUGGCUGGAUGAUGUCCAGAAGAAUGGUGAGCUAUUUUACCUGGAGCUCAGCGAGGGCGAAGAAGAGGCGGCAUUGGCCCACGCCAGUGCUAUGCAGGGGCUCCCCACCAAUCACGUGCGCUUCAGCGACAAAGAGGUGGAGGUCAUCACGGAUGGAGGGAAGCAAAAGGAAAAGAGCAAGACUGCACCCAAGUUGAAGAGGCUGGCCAAGAUCCUGAGGAAGAAGCGUCCAUCGCAGCGGCGAGCAAAAGGGAACGGAGGUGUGGGGUUGGGGGGUGGCGCCCACCCCACCUCCAUCCUAAAGAACCAGGUGGGACAGCGCCAGGGGGUGGUGGUCCAGCAGCGGCAGCUCAAAGAGGUGUACGUGUACCUGAACCCCAAAAGGAUGGGGAGCUGCUCACCCCCCCUGGAGAGGGGCGGCCUGCUGGAGGCGCUGGUGGGUGUGGUGCACCGCCCCUCCUGGGGGACGGGAGAGGGAGGGGGUGUGGGUCAGAAGGAGGAGCGGCUCACCAUCCAUGGCCUGGUGCCCAACAGCCCUGCCAUCAAGUGUGCCCAGAUCCUGAUUGGUGAUGUUCUUGUUGCUGUUGACGAUGUGGAUGUGACAUCAGAGAACAUCGAGAGAGUGCUUUCCUGUAUCCCCGGUCCAAUGCAGGUGAAGCUGACGCUGGAGACGGGCUCUCCGGGGGAGGGUCCCACCGCCGUCCCCCCCAGCGGCAGGCCCUCCCCUCCCGUCAGUCAGCUGGUGAAGCUGCUGUGGGGGGAGGACGCGGUGGAGCUGCAGAUGUCCAUCAGCCACAUCCCUCACAUCGUCAUGUACCUCACCCUCAAACUGGACUCGGAGCCCUCCAGAGAAGACCAGGAGAUUCUGUACCAGUACCCCGUGACUGAGGCCUCCAUCCAGCUGAAGGGGGUGAGGGGCAUAUUCCUCACUUUGUGUGACAUGCUGGAGAGCGUCACAGGGGGGCAGAUCGUCAGUUCCUCGCUGCUGCUCAGUAAACAUCUGGUCCAUGUGGGCUACUGGAAGGAAGGAGACAAUCUUCUGGUGCUUGGUCUUCCUGCAGAAAGAGUUCCGCUCUUGCAUCUGAAAACCGUAAUUGGGGGUGUGGUCCGGACUUUGAGAGUGAUGUACGGUUCCCUGGACAGGGCGUUCUGUGACCCGGACAACGGUGUGAGGCUGGACCACUUCUUCUGCCUGCUCUUCCAGCAGCUGAUCCAGCCCUCCAGACUGAGUGACAGCCCUGGAGCCCCGCCCCCUGACGUAUCCAACACGCUCUUCCUGGACGGGCUGCCUGCCGUUCGCUGGCUGACCCUCCCCCCAGAAAUCAAGGUGGAAAUUGACACUGUUCUGUCUGAUUUUGAGUCGUCUGAUUUUGGAGAAAUGUCGGAGGACUUCUUUGGCAUGCGCCGGCUGUACGUCACGCUGGGCUCCUGUCUGUUCUACAAGGGAUACCUGAUAGCCAACCACCUGCCGAAGGAGGACCUGCUGGACGUCUCCCUUUACUGCCAGCACUACUGCCUGCUGCCCCUGGCCUCUGAGCAGCGCAUCGGUCAGCUGGUCAUCUGGAGGGAGGUGUUCCCCCAGCGCCGCUCCCAGCCCGCCACCAAACCCGCGGGGUGGGGCUACUGCGAGCCCCAGGGCCGCUACUUCCUCCUCAUCGUGGGACUGAGGCACUUCAUGCAGUGUGUGUUGCUGGAGGCGGGGGGCUGCGCCGCCCCCGCCGUGGGGGUCCAGGGGCCGGACUGCGUGUAUGUGGACCAGGUGAAAGCCACCCUCCUGCAGCUGGAGGGGCUAGACGGGGGCAUCGAGGAGCGUCUGGCCACGCCCCCCGCCCCCUGCCUCUCCUGCGCCGACUGGUUCCUCCCCUCGGGCCGCGACCGCCUGGACAGCAUCGCCAGCUCGCCCGUCUUCAGCAAGCUGGCGGGCGCCGGCAAGGCGCCCUCGCCCUCGGGGAGGCGGAGCCUGUUCGGGGAGGCCGCCUCCUCCCUCCGCGGCCGCCGGCCCAGCCCCCAGCGGAGCCUGUCGGACAGCGGCAGCGAGGGCCAGGCGGACGGGCUGUCCUUCGGCCCGGGGCUCAGCCCCCACGCCACGCCCGACCCGGCCAGGAAGCUGGGGGGGCGCCGGGAUUCGCUGGGCUCCGGGGGCUCGGAUGGCAGCGGGGGCAGCGGGAGUCUCUUCAAGAUCCCCAGAAAGAAGCACCCCAACCCGUUCUACCUGGGGACCCUGAAGAAGAGUCUGACGGAGAGAGAGACAGAGGACAUGUACAACACCAUGAAGCUGACGUCGGGGGCGGAGAACACGCUCUUCCACUACGUGUGCAUGGAGACGGUGCAGGGCAUCUUCAUCGCCCCCACGCACAGGGAGGUGUCCCAGCUCAGCGGCUCCAUCCACCCCCAGCUCAUCCGCAACUUCCACCACUGCUGCCUGUCCAUCCGAGCUGCCUUUCAGCAGAGCCUGCCGCCCAGGGAGAGGAGAGGUGUGGACAGGCCUCAGGGAACCAGGGGGCUGGGCCCGGUGAAGGAGCACGGCGUUCUGUUCCAGUGCAAGCCCGAGAACUGGACAGACCAGAAGAAGCCCGCCCCCACCAUGACCUACUGGGUCAUCGGACGGAUGCUUCUAGAACCUGUCCCUCAGGAAUUCUACGUGUGCUUCCAUGAUUCCGUAGCCGAGGUGCCUGUGGAGAUGGCCUUCAGGCUGUCUUUCGGAUUGGCCCUGUGAGGAGGACGCUUCUGACAGGUCGUCUGCGGACCAAUUUCUGAAGACAGUAAUCCUACCUACCAGUAAUAGUUCCUGCAGCCACAGAAGCCAGGCCUUGUCCUCAAGGUUUCCAAUUUCACUUGAUGCGACCGUGUGGAGUCACUGAUUGACUUGGAAAUAAAUCCACCUCAGCCAUUAACUGAUCGUAACAUACAAAAGUAGAAUGACUGCAGGCUCUCAAGGCGAAGGUUUUUCCACAGCUUACCGGCAGUAUUUGGCAGAUUCUCUUUCAUCAGAAUGGCAGGUUGCUUUCCUCAUCUCGCUGGCUUCUGAUUGGCUCAGAUGUAGCUCUGCUCGUCUGGGAGAUGUACGUGUGUGUGGAACUGAAACCAAACUGGAAGGUGCCUGACCACACUGAAAACAUGUUCUUUCCUGCUUUGCCCUUGGCUUGGCAGCCGCCUUAAAUCGUUCCGAUUCUGUUUUAUGGAAAAAAAGGAAAAUUGUUUUAUAUGCUAUAUUUAAAGAUGUACAGUAUUUUGUGAAAAAUGUAUAUAUUUUUGCCUUUUGUAUGACAUUGAAUCCUUUGUAAAUGGCACAUCACGGCCAGUAUAAAUAAAUGCAGAGGCGGUAGUUUAUUUCUAAUGCAUUCUUAAUGUACCCUGGGCAGAACAUUCUGAACACCAUGAAAUAACACCAAGAUGCAUUAUUUUUGAAAGCCAUGCAGAAGUGUCAGCAUUUCAGGUAACACAGUUUCCUCUGUUCAUGUCCUUACCUUUGCCAACUUAAAAAUAUGGUUGGAUUCCUAAAAUAUUAAAUAUAAUAAACUAAA